ACACAACCACACCCCAGUUUAGCCUUUAUACAGCUAACAGCUGACUUUCGGGUCUGAUAAACCGAGCACAGGAAUUAGAUAAAUAUUUGCAUUAACGACAUAACUGGCGGCGAUAUCUCUACAGCUGAGCGGAUUUCCUGCAACUCAAAGUCUACCGGAUCAGACACACUGUGCGCUGUGUUGAUUUCCAUUCGGUUCGGUGCUGUGAUGAAUUCGGUGUAGCGCUCUGUCUGUAAAUUCUGUGUUGAAUAACGUGCAAGGCGCCAUCGUUCACCGUGCUGCUGCCGUUGUCUUCGGGAAAUCAGGGACACCGUCUUGCCGUCGUUCGAACGCCCACAGCCAGGUGCUGCCGCCUCUGUGUGUCUCGGGGAAAGUCGUAAUCGAGCUUCAUCCAUCGCUCUGGUGCUGCUAAGUGUGUGAUUCGUGAUUCCCAACUACGAAGCGAGAUGGCAAUCCGUUCCCUACGGUAUAUGGCCAGCGUCGGUGCCAACGUGCCGAAACCUGUGACGUGCAUCGGAGUGCAGCAGCAUAACAACAUUGCUCGAUGCAUCUCGGCUCAGCUGGGUGGAGGAUCCACCAGCUCCAGCGGCUGGUCCGGGCAGAGCGUGCGGUUCUUCAGUGCACUGCAGAGCGAACCGACCAAACGGUUCGAUCGGCUCGUGGCAGAACGUAACAUCUGUGCCCCGAAAGUGCACACGAUGGUAAACGCUCGCACGUUGGCAACGCAGGAAAUUACACGCAGCAUUCAACUGUUCACCGAUAAACCGCGCAGCAUCGAAAAGGAUCAGCAAACUCUCCGGCUGAAGGAACAGUGCGAUAAGCCGGUUGUGCUGCUUAUCUCGUGGUUGAAUGCGCGCCAAAAGCAUUUGGCCAAAUACGCCCAGCUGUACAUCGAUCAAGGGUUCGAUGUGUUCGCGACGCACAUCACACCCUGGCAGCUGCUGUGGCCCGUCAAGGGAACACAGCUGGUGGCAGCCGAGCUUGUAAAGUUUCUGAAGAACAACGACUUCAAGCACGGACUCAUCCUGCACGGAUUCUCCGUCGGCGGGUAUCUGUGGGGCGAGUGUUUGGUGCAUAUUGCGCGCGAUCUACCCAACUACCAGGUGGUGCUGGACCGUGUGAUCGGGCAGGUGUGGGACAGUGCGGCUGACAUUACCGAGAUAUCGGUCGGUGUGCCGAGAGCGCUGUUCCCCAAAAAUCCAACACUGCAGAUUGCGCUGAAAAAGUAUAUGCUGUAUCACAUGAAAGCUUUCCACGAGCCGGCCACAUCGCACUACAUCCGUUCGAGCCAGAUGUUCCACACGAAUCUGUUGCGCUGUCCGGCCCUCUUUCUGAUGUCGAAAACGGACCCCGUCGGUACGGUCGAGGCAAAUACUCGCGUCAAGGACAGCUGGGAACAGAGCGGUGUUAAGACGACGGUCAAGUGUUGGGACCGUUCACCGCACGUCGGCCACUUCAUGAAGCAUCGCGAGGAGUAUAUCGAUGUGCUGUUCAACCAUUUGCGGCAGCUGAAUUUGCCCAGCCUCAAGCAGGAUGCGCUGCUGCGGGCCAAACUGUAGUAAGUUCACCGGCGCAACCAUCGUUCACACCUGGACGCACUGUGAUACUUACAAAGCAAAAACGACCGAGCGCGUUUGUGACGUUGCCAGACCCUGAAAGAAGGAGAUUGCAAAGAGAGAACAAGAAGGCAAAACGAGUCAACUGCGAAGAAGAGACAGGGCAUGAAAGUUAUGCAAAAACGAAUGGGAGGUUUAGAGCACAUUCGAGGGGGGGAACACAUCCUGAUGGGAUAUUUUAAGCAUUAAUCAGCAAAACACCUUUCUGUAAAACACACACACACACACACACACACACACACCAUUUUCUACUGUCGAUGAUAUUGCGGUGGUUCGUCCCUUGAUAGAUAUGUGCCCCGCUCGUUGUAUUUUGUUUUCCACAAUUUAUUCCUUCCUUAUAAGAACUUACCAACAUUUUUUUUACCUUCUUUAGUUUAUUAAGUACAAUACAAUACCUUUCCAUGGUAGAACAAUCAUCAGUAAUCACUUUACACGUCCCGAGAACGAUGACCAACCUACCCUCUCUUGUAAUAUCGAUUGUUUUAAACCACAAUUGCUACCCAUCCUUUUUAAGUAUGUAAGCCUAUUGGAAUCGCAAUAUAUCUAUAUGCAUUAAAUAAUCCAAAUCAAAGGUGUGAAGUAUAGAAAUAAAAUGACACAAAAAAAUACGAA